AUGGCAACGGAGUCCACUUUGGGGCGCCAAGCGUCUGGGGAUCGGCUGUCAGCCGUGCCAAGGAUCUCGCCUCCCCGGACCCAAAGCUUUAAUUCUGCCGCCACACUCGCUCGCAUAAGUAGCGAGUCUUUGCCGGACAUCGUUCAUAUCCAAAGUUCUCCCGGAUCGCCGAAUUCUCUAGCAUCGCAAUAUAUAUCGACUGCAGCAGCAGCAGCAGCAGCCACGAUGUUCAACCCAAGACACCAACGAUCUGUCUCCGAUUAUGGUCCUGUCACAUAUACUCCAAGGACACACAAAGUGAGCAAGGCAAAGAAAGGGAAACUAGUUCAUCGAUGUGAAUAUCCAGGGUGCAAUAAGCUCUUCUCAAGAGCCGAACACGUACGGCGCCAUGCGUCGAAACAUGAUCCAGCCGCCAUUAUUCGAUGCGAGGUAGAAGGGUGUGGCAAGACAUUCACUCGCAAAGAUUUGCGUGUGCGGCAUAUGGAAAACAAACACAGCGAUAUACUUGGUUCUCGAACAGCCAGCAUUCGUAGUGAUCGUCACUUGACAUCAAGCCCAGCCACCACGGCUUCAGAACCCCAUGGUCUACUGUCACCUGUGCCAUUUAAUCACCGGCAUGCGUCUGUUCCAGCAGUGUUUCAUGAAGCGAAUUCAAUGUCGAUUGGUUCCAUGGUGCAACCGGGGACACAGCCUGAUUUUGGGAAUGAGUACUCUGUGUCGGUGUGGAGCGAAAAUGAAAGCGACUUGGCUAGGGGGGAAAUAUUUUCAGCUUUGCCUCAUGUCAAUUCUGAUGAUGCGAUAUACUCUUCGCCUGAUAGUUGCCAGUCUCCGUCACCUGAUGUACACCCUUUCCGGUUCCCGCAGCAUACCCCAAUCGUGGACCAGUCUUUCUCGGAAUCAUUUUAUCACCCACAUUUGACCGGGCCAUCUCUCACAUUGACCUCUACAGUUUCCGACUGGACUCCCCUGGAGGCAGGGACCACCACAUCACAGAUGUUGCCUAUCUCCGUUGAAGGUGAUAUCCUUCAAACAGUAGGUGAAACCCGCCCAUCAUUACCGUCACUGGGUGCCUCUGUAACUGAUUUCCACUCAGCCAUACCAGUUCCAAUACUCUUCUCCGGACUGCUGGACGGAGAUGAGUGGUAUGCCAUGCGACGCACACAUUCUUCCACCCCCAGUCUCAUUGCAGGAAAUGGUAUCCUGGAAGUGAUCAACACCGUUAAGUGGCAGGAUUGCUUCGACUAUUAUUGGGAGAAUUUCCACCCCCUCUUCCCGAUCGUCCAUCGCCCUACCUUCUUCGCGGUAAAGCCUAACCCCUUGAUGUCCUGCGCCAUGAUAGCGAUUGGGCUGCAGUACGAUUCGCGACCCAACGCACAAGAGUACUCUCUAACCCUGUUAGAGGCAUGUCUUAAUCUUCUUUCACAGAGAAAACCCAUAACAAUACGCUCUCGAAUAUCUGAUAUCCACGCUGUAUUUCUACUUGAAUAUCUCUCGAAAUAUCGAUCCAGGAGAGCUGAUGUUACGAUAUCUCCUCGUUUUAAGAGUUUAUAUGGCGCUUUUAUUCAAAAUCGCCAUUGGGCAUCAAAGAAACCCACUUGCUGUUUUCAAUACCCUUUCCGACGACGAAAAGCCAGAGGGCCUGACAAAAGCGUAUCACUUUUGGAUAGAAAUGAAACAAGAAGAAGAGUAUUACAAGCCUCCUUUCUUCUUGACGUGCAACAGUCAACCCUUUUUCAGCAGCCACUAGCUUUUCUCCAACUAAAUACAGAGCCACUCAUGUCACACUCUCGAAAUGCAGAAAAACUUGAGUUGCCUUUCCCCUGCCAAGCAGAAUUAUGGGAAUGUAGAGGGAUCGAAGAAUGGACACGGCAUGCCAGGGAAUUUGAGCAAUUAACUUUGUCUCAUGCUAUGGAGCGCGUUAUUUGUCAAAAUGACAACGCUUUUGCACUUGAUCCAUUCCGGUCGAAUCUUAUUCUUUCCUAUGCCUUGCUUACCAAUAUGCGAUCGACGGAUUUGGAGCAGUCGCUAGAGCCGUUUAUCGAGAGGUUGCGACAAGGAAAGACCGAAAAACAUCACAUGGAACGGCCCGAACCUCCCGGUUCUUCAACGAAAUUAAACCAUACACUUUUUGCAUACCACGCUCUCCUCGCUGCAUACCGUACUCCAUUGAAAGCUCUCCUGAUAGUUAGCGGCGAAUCUUGGUUAUUUAAUCGAAAGAUUGCGCAGGAAGCAGAAUUCCAGAAUGCUAAGGAAAAAAUGCGCAUGUGGGUGUCUGACACUGAUGAGCUGAAAAAGGCAGUUUGGCACGCAGUGCGGGUCCUGAAACACGCAAUCGACGAUCCAGAAUUGGGAUAUAACCAAAAUUCAAAUAACUCUGGUCUUUGCAAUUGUUUCACCUCUCUCAACGCCGGAAAGGAUUGUUCUGUUCCAGUGACGCCAGAGCGCCAUUGCCACCAUGUCCCAUUUCCGGCACCAGUAUAUCCAGAAGCCACCGCAACCCUCACAACAGCUAAUGGAGCCAAGGCAAUCACCUCAUUGCAUGCAAACUGGGUUUUGUACUUUUGUGGGCUCAUAUGUUGGGCCUAUGGCAUCGAUCAUUUAACGCCAGCAACAGAUGACUCUGCACUUACCCCAGUUUCCCCGAAAACCUAUAUUUCUAUAUUUACGUUUCUUGCGCCAUCGUGGUCCCAAAUAUCACGCAGCUCCAUACCUGAUCACAUUCGGCGCAAUACCAGCGGGCUACUUGAAUAUAUACGCACUAGAUGGCUACAGGCCUCAGGAGGGCUCUUGAACGAAGGAGAGACGGUCAUACGCCGACUCACAGAACAGCGGAAUCCAAAUAGAGGCACCGAAAAGCGAAUGUGGGAAUUUUAG